GGUGGCGAUACAUGUGAGUAUCUUCUGUCCAGUGGAAGAUUUCUUGGAGAAAAAGUAUGGCAACCGCACAGCUGUAUGAUGCAUAAAUAUAAAAAUAGUGAAGCAAAAAAUUGCCUCAUAGACAAACAUAUUGUGUUUAUAGGAGAUUCUAGAAUUCGACAGCUGUUCUAUUCAUUUAUAAAACUCAUAAAUCCUCAAGUCAAAGAAGAAGGAAAUAAGCAUGGAAAUAUCCUGUUUGAAGAUAAAUCUGCUUCAAUUAAAGUGGAUUUCCUGUGGUAUCCAGAAGUUAAUGGCUCUAUGAGGCAACGUAUCAAAUCUUGGACUGAGGGUUCUAUGGCAAAACCUCAUAUAAUUGUAGCAGGAGCUGCCACGUGGUCUAUCAAGAUUCACAAUGGCAGCAACGAAGCCCUCACACAAUAUAAAAUCAAUAUCACUUCAAUUGCACCUCUUUUGGAAAAAUUAGCAAAAAGUAGUGAUGUUUACUGGGUUUUACAAGAUCCGGUUUAUGAAGAUAUGUUGAGUGAAAGUCGGAAAAUGAUCACUAAUGAGAAAAUAGAUGCUUAUAAUGAAGCAGCUGUUCGUAUUCUAAACAGCAGCUCUCGAAAUUCCAAAGCUAAAGUUAAAGUGUUCAGUGUAUCAAAAUUGAUAGCACAAGAAACUAUCAUGAAGUCGGCAGAUGGCCUGCAUCUCCCCGAGUCAAGCAGAGAUACAAAUGCGAUGAUUCUUAUGAACGUCUACUGCAAUAAGAUAAUGAAGCCCAUUGAUGGCUCCUGCUGCCAGCCUCAGCCUCCUCUCACUCUGAUACAGAAGUUAGCUUUCUGUUUCUUUACUUUGUCCAUUAUUGGAUAUUUAAUUAUCAAUUUAAUUAAUCGGAAUAAUUAUCGGAAGAACAAAUCAUGCACUGAUUUGGAAAGUGGAGAGGAGAAGAAACCUGCCAUCAGCACUCCUAAUGUUUCUACUUUAGAGAUGCUCUUACACUCCUUCUGCAAACUUGGUCUAAUCAUGACCUAUUUUUAUCUGUGUGACAGAGCAAAUCUUUUCAUGAAGGAAAAUAAAUUUUAUACACACUCAUCUUUCUUCAUACCAAUCGUCUAUAUCUUGGUUUUGGGGGUAUUUUAUACCGAAAAUACCAAAGAGACUAAAGUGUUAAAUAGAGAACAGACUGAUGAAUGGAAGGGCUGGAUGCAACUUGUUAUUUUGAUUUACCAUAUCUCUGGAGCAAGCACUUUUUUGCCUGUGUACAUGCACAUUCGAGUUCUGGUUGCUGCAUAUCUGUUCCAAACAGGUUAUGGGCACUUCUCAUAUUUUUGGUUAAAAGGGGACUUUGGUGUAUACAGAGUGUGUCAGGUUUUAUUUCGUCUCAAUUUCUUGGUUGUGGUACUGUGCGUAGUGAUGGACCGACCUUACCAGUUCUACUACUUUGUGCCAUUAGUCACUGUCUGGUUUAUGAUCAUUUAUGCCACAUUAGCUGUAUGGCCUCAGAUUGUCCAGAAGAAAGCAAAUGGGAAUUGCUUAUGGCACUUUGGUUUACUGCUGAAACUGAUUUGCUUACUGACAUUUAUAUAUUUUCUGUCAUAUUCUCAGGGCGCAUUUGAGAAGAUAUUUUCUUUUUGGCCACUGUCCAAGUGUUUUGAACUGAAUGGGAAUGUCUAUGAAUGGUGGUUUAGGUGGAAGUUGGAUCGCUAUGUGGUUUUUCAUGGGAUGCUGUUUGCUUUUAUUUAUCUGGCAUUGCAGAAACGUCAGAUAAUAUCAGAAGGAAAGGGAGAUCCUCUUUUCUCCAGCAGAGUUUCAAAUGUUUUAUUAUUUAUUUCAAUUACAUCCUUUUUGACCUACUCUAUUUGGGCUAGUAGCUGUAAAAACAAGACAGAGUGCAAUGAACUACAUCCUUCUGUUUCUGUGGUGCAGAUUUUAGCUUUCAUCCUCAUCAGGAACAUUCCUGGGUAUGUCCGAUCUGUGUAUAGCUCCUUCUUUGCCUGGUUUGGCAAAAUUUCUCUAGAGCUUUUCAUUUGCCAAUACCAUAUUUGGCUGGCAGCAGACACAAAGGGCAUCUUAGUGCUCAUUCCUGGAUAUCCAAUGUUUAAUGUUCUUGUCAGCACUUUUAUAUUUGUGUGUGUGGCACAUGAAAUUUCUCAGAUCACUAAUGAUCUAGCACAGAUUGUGGUUCCUAAAGAUAACUCAGCUCUGCUCAAAAGGUUGCUAUGCAUAGCUGGAUUUUUUUCUGGACUACUCCUCUUCUCAGCAAUGCAAGAUCAGUCAAGGCAUUAAUUUGAAAGAUUCUUGGAAACUUUCUUCAGGUUUACUUUGUAUCUGCCUGAACAAAAAUUCUCAACUGGAUGUACAAGAUGACAUUUAAAUUAAGUGUGUGGAAAAUGUAUAUAGUGCAAAUGUACAUAUUUUGUGUGGAAAUAGCCUUCUCAAAUAAUCUGAGAAACAAGUAUGCACUGUACAGAAUUGCAUGUGAAAAUGAGUCUUUUCUACUGGAUAUAUGUUUCUGUUUACAUAUCUGUUGAAACAUGACACAAAGUGAAGUUAAGUGGUUUAGCAGUAUCAUGUGCUUAUCACGGAAUUAACUUUACCUUGGGUCAGCCAAAUGAAGAGUGGAUGUUACUGGAGUACCGCCUGUACACAACACGUGCUGUAACCAUUCUCAUCAAGGAGCAAAAAAGAGCAAACUUGUGAUCCUCUGUUAAUGGUCACCUUUAGCUGAUGUGAAACAUGAAGUUACUGGUAAACCAGGGCAUUUUUCUGAUCAAAAUGGUAAUUUUUUGUUUAGAAAUAAGUAUUUUGGGUGGAGAUAGUAAUAUGUUGUAUGAAACCCUUUAUACGUGGAAAUAAAAAGUCAUCACUAAUUCAGUGAUUUAAGAUUAUAUACGUUUACAUAAUAUUUUAGGGUUUUUUUUUAAAAAAUUUAAGAUGUUCUCAGAAAAUAUGGUGAAUUCUGAGGUGUAAUUUUUAAUGUAAAGAAAAUUUACUUUUUUUCCUCAAAAAAAUUGUCUUUUCAUAAAUUUUCCACUCAUUCAUUUAACUAUGUGCAGUUUUCUGUAGAGUCCCAGUGAACAAACUGAUCAAUAAUUUUCAGAGACUGAGUUCAAGAUGAAGAAUUUUUGGAAGACCUCCAGCUUUGUUCAGUCAGAUAAAAUUCCAUCAUGUCUACUCCAUCAGAUCUUAAGGAAAUGGGAGGGGAUCAGUGAUCUUCAAACCCCUCUCUGAGUUUCUAGGUGACCUUGAACUAGGUCUCAUUAGGGAACUGGUGCCAUAUUCUAUUCUGUAAUCAUAUUUUCAUUAAAAAAGAUGCAAGUCAAGGAUGCAAGUCAGCCUGUCCAUAUCACAAGGAGGAGGGAUUGAAUGGUUUUCUUGUUGCAUACAGACAGACCAGUCUCAGAAUUACAAAUUAAAUGAGAUUGGAAUUGUUUGGAGCAACCUUUUUUCCCAUCCUUUUUAGUAGUGCCCAUCUUUAUUAACUCUUUCCUUUAGCAUAAAAAGUAAAAUUGAAAGAUGUAACCCUACAAUUACAAGCUGUAAUUCACGUUCCAUUUACUCAGUGCAGUUUGGUCAUUUCUUUGCUAUUUGUGGUUUUGGUUCAAGUGAUGUUUGACCUCUAGCUGCUUUUUCAUUUUAUACUUCUACUGAUUAUUUGUUAGCAGUCAAAAACACGAGCACAAUAUUGUUUUCCAAGCAUAUGUGCAAUUAUAUAUGAUUAUAAACAAUAUGAAUCCUAAUUUGUACUGUAUGUACUGUCACAUAAAUGUUUUAUCUUAUCCCAGUCAAAAAACUGAAUUCGAACUUGCAGCUACUAAUGAGUGCAAAAAACAUUUCUGAAAAGAAUGGCUUCAGUUAAUUUUUUUUUUUUGUGGAGAACAACUUCUUUUAAAGAAUCACCAGUCAUUCAUCAUAAAAAAGAAAAAAUAAAUCAUUCCCUUCCCCCAAAUUCAGCAGUUUUACUAAGUCUGCCAGCUCUUUCAAAGCUAUUGGAAGGACCCUCAGCUAUUUGUUCUUUGUGUGCAUUACUUCCAGUGUUUGAACCUCCUUGGUCAGAGUGCUUGAAUGGCUGAAAGGAACGGUAUGGGUGAAUGCUGUAGUGGGGGAUAGGAUGCAUACCCUUCAUCUAUGCCAGUAUUACAAGCAAUGGGGAACUUGUGAGUUUGAGGAAUAAUUUUUGUUUUGUUCUUCACAACUUAAAUGUUGUAGAUAUAAUUUUAUUUAUGUUGUACAGACUUGGUUAAAAGAUUUAUUUUUAAUGUUUGAAAUAAUGCACUUGUUUAUUAUUACUGUAUGUGGGAUAAAUAUAUUUUCUUUUCAGGUUAUGUAAAAAUACGAAGUAAUUUAAACAUUAAAUAAAUGUGCUGUGGAUGCUUAUUUUUGUAAUGGGAGCAGCAUCAAUUAAGUAAAAACUUUUUAUUGCUUGACUCUAGCUGGGCUACAGUUCACUGUUAUGCCUACCUUAAAUGACAGAUUCAUAUUGCAGUUUCUCAGAGCGAUAUUCUGGAUACUAUUACUUCAAAUGAGGGGUAGAUACCCACUUGUAUUGCGAAUUAAAUGCAGUGCAGGAAGAAAGAUUCUUCUGCAGUACAUUUACUGAUGGAAUUACAGCUGCAGUAGCCAAAACCACCCCUGGAACUCAGGCAACUUCUGCAGAACUGUGCAGCAGAGGCAUCAAAUACUUCCCCUUCCCCACCCCCAGGGUUACAAGCUAAAAACUGCAGCAGGAGCUCUGCAUGAAAGCCUGGCAACAUCAAGCCUUAAGAUUUAUUUGGUUUAGGAAUUGAGCAUUUAUUUUACCUACUUAAGUCCCAUACUAAAUAGAAGGGGCUGCUUAAGCACAGGAUUCAGAGGGGUAGUUCCUGUCCUCAAAGCUCCUUGUAUCAUCGGGGAGAUAAUACUUAGUUCAGGUCCCACAUUAAGUGGUGCAAAUACUCUCCAUCCCUUCCCUCUACCACACCUAUUUAGAUAUCUCCCCCAGUGCAACAGAAACCCUGCACAAUUGGCUCCCUUUCAGUUCUAGAUACCAUCCAGUGUCACCCUCUGUAACAUUGUCACACAAAGUUGUUCAGGCAUCAUUAUGUAAAAUAACCAGGCAGCAACAUCACUACUUAAUGUUUUCCUGUUUAUUAGAUUUUACAUUUCAUAUAUUUACAAAGACAUCUGUAGUGUUUUCUAUUUAAUUUGGUUGCAACUGUCACUUAAUACAAUAUCAGUUCAUACUGUCAUCGUACAUCAUUAAAAGGCUGUGAAUUCACUGUUUUAACUAUCGGCACUUUUAACUUACUGAUUCUUUAGCCACUGUCAUUAGCCAGCUGUAUAAAUCUAUACUUCAAUAGUAGUUAUUUUAAUAAGUAAAAAUAAAUCAUUUGUUGGUAAACUUACCUCAAAUGAAUGAAGCUUUCAAUCAUAAAACAGUUCAGGUGUGCUCAAUACUGAAGUCACCUACAUCAUUAGAUUCUUUUCAGAAUAGGUGGAGCACCCACUGGUACAAACUGAUUCUUUAUGCAUGUACGGAACAGUUCAGGAAAUUUCCUUAAAUAUGUUUGCACUGUUACGCAUUAAUACAAAUAAGCUCAACUGGUAUUUGAUUGUCACGUCAUCCUCAAGUUACCAGAAACUGUUAGGAUCCAGAACCAAUACUAUUUACAAAUUUUAGUCUUACGUUGCAUUAAAAAUCAUUGUUUAAAAUCUAUUCCAUUCAUUUCUGUUUCAAAGCACUUGACAGCCUGUAUGUUUGAAAAUAGCAGUAGAAACUAAUAGAAACUGGUAGAAAGCAAAUGCUGAUUGUACUCAAAUUUUUCACAGCUUGGAUAAGAGAGGUAAAUGUUUAAAUUACUUUAAAUCCCAGUGCAGUUUUCUAACUCACUUUUCACGGAUAACCAUCCAAGCUGCUGGAAAAAAGGAGGGGUCUCUUGAGAGGCUGAUUGACUGGUGAAAGCUCUUCCUUGGCACCUUUCAGAUGAGGUAGCCGUGAUUCACGCCACUUUUAAAGAAGUAGGAAUGGCUCUUUAUUCCAACUGUUAUAAGAAACUGACUUAGUUUUCCAAUUUAUAGGACUACCUUGAGCUACUUCUCGUAGUGUAAACACCACCAGCACUAUUCCUAUGGCUAGAUGCACUUGUUAGCAUAUUCUAUGGGUUGUGUUUAGGACAGCAUUGUCCUUGCAAACUCAGGAUGUUUAGGCUUGACAAUAUACAAGUAUGUACAUUGUACUGAGCACUGAUUAUACACUUUGCUUCAAUAGUUACCAUACUUAGAGCACAAAAUGUGCCUAAAUAACAGCCUAGGACUUGUUUUACUUGUUUAAAAGUAUCUGCCAAAGUGUUGCAUUCCAGUCCAAACCUAUACACACAUUAUUAUGUUCAUUUUAAAGCAAAUGAAAAAAGGGGUUUGAGUUUUAAAGA